AUGGCGAUACCUCAGGCCUCUCGAAGCACUCGCUGCUUAGCCCUGGCCGUUGCCAUCUGCAUCUUAAUCCCAGGCUGCUUCUCUAACGAAACUGAACCAACGAUUUUCGAGAGGGCAAGCCAGUGCUUCGAUGACCACAAUGUGUACAAGGAGUGCGCGGAGGAGCUGCGGCUGGGCGUGGAGGGGGCGUUCCACGUCGGGAGCGAGAACGUGGACGCGUACUGCGGGGGCAUGUGCCUGGUGGAGACGAAGAUGGCGCUGCAGUGCGUGGAGGCGAUCGCCGACGAGAGCUUCAGGUUCUCCAACGGCGCGUCGGUGCUGGAGGUGAAGGCGGCGCUCGGCACCGGCUGCAGCUACACGCCGGAGAGAGGAACCUUCGAGAUACGUGAGAGCCGGGAGUACUGCGGCGGCGCGUACCAUGACAACAGUUUGCACAUGCAGGAGCAGCUCGGGCACGGCGAGCAGGAGCAGGAGCAGUACCAUGACCAAUACCAGGACCAGUACCAGGAUCAGCAUCAGGACCAGUACCAUGAUCAGUACCAGGACCAGCACCAGGGCGGUGGGUUCAGCGACUACUGCUCCGGCGCCGCCGGCAGCUCGUCGCGGAUGCUCUUCCUGACGAUCUUCUUCGCCGUCUCCGCCAUGUCGAUGCUGCUUGCUGCAAUCUGAGCUAUGGCGAUAACUUUAUGAUGUAAUUUGUCAACGUUUUAGU